UUUACAAAAUAUUUUGGGCGUGUGAUUCAAAGUUUAAACUGAAAUAGGUAGUUCGCUAGAAGUAAAUAAUAAAAUAUUAAAUUACAGUGACAUAUUUCUCAAACCAGUGAUGUGAACUUUUAAAUUAAGUCCUUAUAAUUCAUAUUUUGUGAAAAUAGAAAUCUCGUUACAAUGCCCUCCGCUCUUUGUGUGUUUUGUAUGAGCUUCAUCGUUUUGUAUAGCGUUUAUUCUGUUUGUGGUCUCAUGUGUUGGCAUUGCGAUUCACUUCACGACCCCAAAUGCGUGGAUCCAUUCGAUAAUCACUCGAUGCCGAUGAAAGAUUGCAAACUGGAAAAACUGGACACAUACCCUGGUGUACGAGGUACAAUGUGCCGCAAAAUCCGUCAAAAAGUGUAUGGAAAAUGGCGAUUUUACCGGAGUUGUGCUUUUCUGGGCGAACCAGGCAUUGGUGGUGACGAACGUUAUUGUUUAAUGAGAACAGGCACUCAUAAUAUAUUUACUGAGUAUUGUACUUGCAAUUCUAGAGAUGGAUGCAAUGGUGCAUCUGCCGUUUCUUCUUCUCAUUUAUGCAUAUUGUUAGUACCAGCUCUUAUUGUUUACAGAAGACUGCUGUAAUGUAUUCAUCAAUCGAUAUAAGUAGUUGAUAUCUGAAUAUUUUUUUAUGAUUAAAGAAUAUUGCAUUAAUCAGAUAUCAAACCAUUUUUAUUUUAAAUUACRACAACAAUAAUGUUGACAACUAUUUUAUUUUUAAAGCCAUUUGAAGUUGUUUAUCUUGCUAUGGUAUUAUGUUGUAAUUAAUAAACUGAAAAAUGUAACUGAUCCGUCCAUUUUUAACAUGUUAUAGUAUUAUAACAUAUUUAAUU